GAGCAUUACGACGGGAGAAGAAGAGUCGGGUAGUCGGGCAGCAGCAGAGGGAAUGCGGAACUCGGGCAGAUUAUUGCAACAUCGACUUCCAUUCGGAACAUAUUCUGGACGUGAUAUUUGUAAUAGUGCCGUCGUGGUCGUGGCGUAGUGACUUUUGACGAAGGAAUAGUCCCGUGUUUUUGCAAAGUGCGUAGGUAGGAGACGAGAGGAGCUCAAUCUGCACGAGACGAUGUGAGCCCCGGAACGGAAAGAGCAUGUGAUUUUCUUUUCUUGAGUCAGUCACUCUCAUCAUCAUUGCAGACUCAAUAUUCAGCAAAUGCCAAAGUGCAGGAUGCAAAAGUAGCAGCGAAGCAGCACAGGAAACGGAUAAUACCAAGAAACAUUCAACUCGAGAUCUAUAUUGGCUGAAUUUGGUGGCAGUUUAUUUAUUUACAAAUAGUAAAUAGACCGGAGAUCCAUCCAGUGAGUUGUGACAGGAUUAGUUAGGAGGAGGGAAGAAGAGACCACGCAGUAUUUAUUUGUUUCUUUGAAUAUCUAUAAAGCAUUUAAGGGUUGAUAAAAAUGGCGGACGAGAGCAGGCUCAGGAGACAAUUAUCCCUGGAGGAAAGGGAUCAGGAAACUCGAAAUCCGCUUAUCGCGACGGCCGGUGACACGGAAAUCAAUAUCCCAGCCAGUGAAAUGAAGCAGGUUGAUGACAACUUUCGUCCAAGAAGCAAAAGCAUUGUUUCUGUGAAUACGAAAGGGACAGGAUGGUAUCGUUUUCUUGGAAUUGGCUUAACUCUGCUGGCUGGAUUCCUCAUGUCAACUGCUAAUGUUUGCAGUAAAUGGUUAAAGGAUCGUGGUUAUGAACCGUUCUUUAUCACCUUCAUCAAAUACCAGGGAAUGACAACCAUUUCCCUACUUCACGUCUUUUUCCUCGUUUGUUAUAAAAAGCAGACAAUUUUUAAUACUAUUUGGCCACCGACGGGAGAAAAUAUGAGCAAUGUCCUCUUCCUCUUUGUACGAGCAACUUUCGGAACGAUAGCGACUUGCUUGCUAUUUACUGCUUUCACAUACUUAACCGCAGCUGAUGCGGUGACAAUCUGUUACUGCACUCCGAUCGCGACAAUUUUCCUGGCGAGGAUCUUCUUGAAGGAACCAAUCGGGCUUAUCAGCGUGGGUGUGGCGUUUCUUGCAGUGUUUGGUGUAGUGUUCAUUACACGUCCACCGUUUCUCACACAGGGUGAAUUUAGCGAGACCAUUCUGAUUGGAGUAACCUUUGCAUUCUUCGCCAUGAUUGGAAUGAGUUGUGUAUUUGUGACAGUACGCUACCUUCGAAAAGUUCACUACGGCUUGGUGAUGGUCGGAUACGGGUAUAUUGGAUCACUUGAGUGCAUCAUUGUCGCCAUUGUGUACGGCGUAAUGAAGGACAAGAACUUUUUUGAUAUCUUUGUCCUGCCCGGAGCCUGGUCUCACUUGCUGGUGAUGUCAUUCGUUGCUGUUUUCUCAAUGAUUGGUCAAACGUUAUUGGUUCUUGCGCUUCAAUAUGAAAAUGCCGGUCCCGUGUCGCUGCUCCGAACUUGCGACAUCAUUUUCAACUUUGUGCUCCAGUACUUUAUCAAUAACCAGGCCCCUGAUGUGUGGAGUUUGAUUGGAGCCGCCAUUGUAAUUUUGGCAUCGCUUAUCUUCGGAUUUCGUAAAUUCAUUCAACUACUGCCAGAAGACGAUCCAAGAAAGAAAACUUACAAAUGUUUCCUCCUGUAAAAAGACGUGACAUACGUAAUAGUUAAAUGUAAUAGACCCAAUAUUAAUAUUUCACAAAUACAAAGACUCAAGAUAGAAAAUAAAUUAAUAUAAUUGUAUUUUAAGAUAUAUAAUUGACAAAAAAUGUUUAUUUUUGGGGGGUUAGAUUGUUAUAUGAAGAAAGAUCUGUUAAGCACAAUAGGAAAUAAAUAAUACUAUUUCAUUUUG